AUGGAUGGCAGUGGUCACCUCCUGGCCGGGGAGGCUGGCUGCACCUUAGAAGAGUCGCUGUACAUGUCCGCGUUUCCUGUGCUGCGGUUUUCACGGGGCUGGUUCUGGAGUCCGGCCCUGGCCCAGGAGUUCCGCUGGAAUCCAGCGGAUGCGUGCCAGUGCCGGCCCGUCGUCAAGGACUCUCCCCGGCCCUGCAUCAAGGAAGGGGAGUCUACCUGCUUCUUUCUGCGCGAGCUGUCCAAGCUGGGCCCGAACAGUCGCAGGGAGGUGGGGCUGCUUCUUCAGCUGCCUGUAGAUUACAGGGAAGUGACGCAGAGGGUCACCAGAAUCUGGGAAGACCUUCAACCCCAAGGAAAUGGUGGCUGGGGAGUCGGUGAGGCUGGGAUGAUGAGGAGAUGGGGCCCCGGAGCUGUGAACCCCGGGACCCUGGUUCUAGAGUGGCUGGUGGAGGUGCACUCCGCCCCCGCGCUCCCCCCACUUGUCGUGCACAUCGGGCUGGACGCCUCCCCCAAGGCCAUCGUUCUGGAACAGCGCGCCAAGAACCGAGGUUCUUGGGAUGCCGACGUCCGGGGCUUCAGGCCUUCUCGCGGCGAGGGCCUUCCGGAUGGCCCGGAAGUGAUCGCGUCCGGGGUCAGCACGAGGGCGCUCGGCAAGCUGGUGGCGGUGGAGGGCGCGCAGGUGCUCUGCUCUCGCCAUGCGGGCAGAUACGUCUGUGAUUACACCUGCUACCUGUCUUUGCAUCAUGGGAAUGGGCGCACGGCCCUCGUCCGCGUGCCUCCAUUAUCCUGUUGGCUCCCAGGACGUGCUGGACGAGAUGAGAAAAAGCCCGAGCUCAAAGCCCGGUUUGCAGAAAACUCAACCUCGGUGAUUCCAGACCCGGGGAACCGAUGGGGGCACUGCUCCUUUAGAGAAAAUUAAAUGUUUCAAUCCCGUGUGCAGAGUUCAACUGUGCUUUGAGAGACUUUUUAAAAAUGGC